GAAGCCCCAUUAUUAAGUUAGCCUUCUUCCUGACGUAUUGAUUGGUCGGGACGACUUGGAAGUUGGUGGGGGGGCAACCCAAAGCGGCGUCAGCUUUUAUAUAAGAGGCCUUUAAAAGCACGGACACCUCGAGCCGCAUUCGAAAGAGUUCUCGGACUUCCUGGCGGACCUCCCACUUUGUCGAGAACUGAAGUAGUUCGUAAAGAUUUUCUUCAGUUUCCGCUGUAAAAAUUUUUCCAACUUCAUAAGUAGCCAUGUCUGUGAUUUCCGAGCCGAGCUUCAGCGCCUACUCAUGGGCCAGUCAAGGCGGCUUUGGCAACCAGACCGUGGUGGACAAAGUGCCGCCGGAAAUGCUGUACCUCGUUGAUGCCCACUGGUAUCAAUUCCCUCCCCUGAACCCCUUAUGGCACGGCCUCCUGGGGUUUGUCAUCGGGGUUCUGGGUUUCAUCUCCGUCAUCGGUAACGGCAUGGUCAUCUACAUCUUCUCGACGACGAAGUCGCUCAGGACACCGUCCAACUUGUUGGUGGUGAACCUGGCCUUCUCUGACUUCCUCAUGAUGUUCUCCAUGUCCCCGCCCAUGGUCAUCAACUGCUACUACGAGACCUGGGUGCUGGGACCCUUCAUGUGUGAAAUCUACGGACUGUUGGGUUCUCUUUUCGGAUGUGGCUCCAUCUGGACCAUGACCAUGAUUGCUAUGGAUAGGUACAACGUCAUCGUCAAGGGGUUGUCGGCCAAGCCCAUGACCAACAAGACGGCGAUGGUCAGGAUACUCCUGGUCUGGGCAAUGUCCAUUGGCUGGACCGUUGCUCCUCUCUUCGGCUGGAACAGGUACGUGCCUGAAGGCAACAUGACCGCCUGCGGCACCGACUACAUCACCAAGAACUGGACGAGCCGCAGCUACAUCCUCGUCUACUCGUGGUUCGUCUACUUCUGCCCCCUGCUGCUCAUCAUCUACUCGUACUUCUUCAUUGUGCAGGCUGUGGCUGCCCAUGAGAAGCAGAUGAGGGACCAGGCCAAGAAGAUGAACGUCGCGUCCCUGAGGUCGGCCGAGGCGGCCAACACCAGCGCCGAGUGCAAGCUCGCCAAGGUUGCUCUGAUGACCAUCUCCCUGUGGUUCUUCGCCUGGACCCCAUACCUGGUCAUCAACUACUCCGGCAUCUUCGAGACCAUGAAGAUCACUCCCCUCGUGACCAUCUGGGGAUCUCUGUUCGCCAAGGCCAACGCUGUCUACAACCCCAUCGUUUAUGGCAUCAGCCACCCCAAGUACAGACAAGCCCUGUACAAGAAGUUCCCCAGCCUCGCCUGCUCCAACACCGGUGACGACAACACCUCUGUCGCCUCGGGAGUCACCCAGGUCAGCGACGACAAGAGCACGUCUGCGUAGACACUUCCUCGAGCCCCCCUCUUCGCACCACACGGCAAGCCGACCUGCAUGCCCCCUCCCCCUCCCCCUCCUCGCGGGGGGACCCGUGGCUUUGCUCUCGCACCUGCCGUGCCUGCCGGGCGCGAGAGCCCGACGCCACGCCCACGCGACGGACGGCCCGGGGGAAGGAAACGAGUUCUCUGUGAAGUGGUGGGAACUUUUCUUGUCAACACAUCUGUGAUACGCUGCUGUGCGGCACGAACUCUUGAUUUACCCUCUGCCCGACCGAACCGGGGGACGUCUCGAGCGAUCGAAACGCUCCCCUGGUGUCGGUGACGACACGGCAGACUGGCGGCAAGGAAGCGGCGGACACGCGGCCGACGGCUGAGAGGACAGGCAUUUCCAUGCAAAACUGUACAAUUUGUAAAAAAAAAUAUAUUUUUUCCUCUACUUUUAUUGUAAAAUAUGUUAAAACUGUUAAGUUUUAUUUUGUUGUCUAGCUUUCUUAGGGCCAUAAACGACGGUGACUUGUGUAGUUUUUUUGUAUUGCAUUGAAAAUAAAUCUCCCCAGCAAGAUUAAAAA